CCGCCCGCCCCCUGAAGCGCGGAUCUGGGCGCGCCCAUCUCCGGCCUGCGGUCGGCGCGCUCGGCUGGGGCCGCCGCGAAGGAACAGAACCGGAGGAGACGCGCGGGGAGGCAGCGCCCGGGGCGGCGGGCAGCGGGGGGAGGCUGCGCGCGGGUCCCCGGCCAGGCGGAGGCGCGGGCACCGGGCCAGGCGAAGCUGAUACAGCCAUGGGGGAGGCGCCCAGCCCUGCGCCCGCGCUCUGGGACUGGGACUACCUGGACCACUGCUUCGCCCGCCACCGUGUCUGCAUCUCCUUCGGCCUGUGGAUCUGCGCCUUCUCCUGCUGGAUCGCCGUCCACGCGCUGCUUCUCUAUCUGAGGUGUGGGAAGAAAUCCGGACGGGACCAAUCGGUGCUGUGUGCUGCCUGCUGCCUCCUGACCAGCCUGUGUGACACCAUCGGGGCGAUUCUGGCCAAACAGCUCACCAUCCAGGUCUUCACUGGUGUCUACCUAGCAGCUGUUGACCUGGUGAGCUUUGUGUCCAUUCUCUUCCCAGUCUGCAGCUCCAAAGUCAAGUCCAGUUCAGGUCGGGGCUCCCGGGAGAGAAAGAGGAGGCGGCAGCUCAGGGCCAGCAUAUUUGCCCUGGUCCUGCCGCUGAGCCUGGGCCCAGGCUGGGCUCUGUGGGCCGCUGUCCCGAAGGCUUCAGGCCCCAUCCGAGGGUCGCAGCGGAGGCUGCUGGGAAGCCUGGUACAGGACAAUACUGAAAUCCUUGGCUACCUGCUGGGUGGCAUCGCAGCCUUGGGUGCCUGGGCUUCCCGGAUCCCCCCACUCUCCAGAAUCUGCUGGGGUAGGACAUUUCCCUCCAUCUACCUGUGGACCCGGCUCCUGUCGGCCCUGGCUGGCCUCCUCUACGCCUCGGCCAUCGUGGCCCAUGACCGGCGGCCUGAAUACCUGCUACGGGCCACACCCUGGUUCCUGACCUCCCUCGGCCGUGCAGCGCUGGACCUCACCAUCAUUUUCCUUUCCUGGGUGAUGAAGAGCAAGCUGAGACAUGCUUUGGGGUUUGCCUCUGAAGCCAGAGAGAAUGCCGACACCCAAGCCCUUUUGACCUGUGCAGAGAAGGAGGAAGAAAACCAGGAGGCAAGGACCGAGAAUUCGGACUGGGUGCCUCUCACCACGCUUCCUUACUGCAAGCCCCUCAAGAGGAUGGCAGCUGUCAGCCGCUACCUGGAGCUGACCAUCGAGCCUGUGCAGCAGGUCACGGGCUCUCCGUACAGGUGCGUUUGGAACCCAGAGUGCAGUGAUAGCCGCCCCGCUGGGCUGCCCCUGGGACGUGCUGACGCUCAGACUUUGUGCCUGAGAGAAAGGUUUUACUCUUUGCUGUUGUUCCUUGGAAAGUGGGUGUAAAUAACCUGUAUGUGACGUAAGUGAAGUUCUGGGAGGUUUGGAGCACGCUUUCACGAUUAAGAGUCCACUUCGGCCAUUAAGCUGUUCUUCUGUCCAGAGGGUGGGUGGUGGGUGGGUGAUGGGAAGCCCUGGGGAAAGCACAGGGAGCCCUGGCAGCAUCUGGCCAACGCUUUGCACUAGAAAUUUUUAAAUCGUGGAACUUGUGAAAAAUAAUAGUGCAAAAGUUGCAUUCACUUGAACCCUUCCAGUACCUGAAUCUUGAGUGGAUGCCCACUGGAGAGCAGACUCCUUGAGAGAAGACUGUGUUCCUCUUCCGUUCUCCUCCACUGAGGCCAGCCAACACAUUUUUGAGCAAAUACUUCCAUUCGGCCUCUUCCUUCUGUGUCCACCAGAGGGCGAGAGUUGCCUCCAAGACAGCUCCCAGCAGGGAGCCAGGAGCCCCACCCUCUAGCCUGGGCAGAAGCUGCCUCCCUGGGCUCUAGGGUCAUCAUUCGCAUGGUGGUCUGUUUACUGAGGGCUAACUACUUGCCAGGCUCUGAGUAAAUAAUAACAGCCAACCCUUCCAUGAUGCUUAUUGUACUCACUGGUCACAGUGCUUGGAGUACUGGUCUAAGUGCUUUACAUAGAUGAACUCAUUUAAUCCAACAGCCAACCCUUGAGGUAUUAUGCUCAUUUUACAGAAAAGGAAAAUGGGGCCCAGAGAGGUUAAGCAACUUGCUCAAGGUCACACGGUUUGUUGGUGGUAGAACCAGGAUUCAGACCUGUCUCUGCCGAGUCUGUGCCUUUGACCAAAAUGCUGUGCUGCUUCUUACUGGGCAUGAUGGCUGACACCGAGUAAGCGCUUGAUAAAUGUUUUUUACAAUUAUUAGCAAGGCAGAGUCUUAGAACAACCUGAGGUAGAUACUAGUAUUAUUUCUAUUGUCAUUUAUUAAUACUUAAUCAUUUUAUUAUUCUUUUUUUUUGUUUGUUUGCGGUAUGCGGGCCUCUCACUGUUGUGGCCUCUCCCGUUGCGGAGCACAGGCUCCGGACGCGCAGGCUCAGCGGCCAUGGCUCACGGGCCCAGCCGCUCCGCGGCAUGUGGGAUCUUCCCGGACCGGGGCACGAACCCGUGUCCCCUGCAUCGGCAGGCGGACUCUCAACUACUGUACCACCAGGGAAGCCCUUCUUCUUCUUCUUCUUCUUUUUUUUUUUUUCAAUAUUUAUUUAUUUAUUUUUGGCUGUGUUGGGUCUUCGUUGCUGCCCACGGGCUUUCUUUACUUGCGGUGCACAGGAUUCUCAUUGCGGUGGCUUCUCUGUUGCGGAGCACGGGCUCUAGGCGUGCAGGCUUCAGUAGUUGUGGCACUCAGGCUCAGUAGCUGUGGCUCGCGGGCUCUAGAGCGCAGGCUCAGUAGUUGUGGCGCAUGGGCUUAGUUGCUCCGCGGCAUGUGGGAUCUUCCCGGACCAGGGCUUGAACCCAUGUCCCUUGCAUUGGCAGGCGGAUUCUUAACCACUGCUCCACCGGAAAAGCCCCCCUUAUUAUUCUUUUAAAAUGAGGCACAGGGAGGAUUAACUCACUUGCCCAAGAUCCCAUAGUUAGAAAAUCACAGGAAUAGGUUUCAGACUAAUCCUGUCUGACUCUGGCACCUGAGCUUUUAUGCAGAGGACAUGCUUUUUAUGCCGCCGUUUCAUGCCACGAUUUCAUGCCUGCUGCAUUAGCAAAUUAUUUUCUUUUUUUCAUGAGGCUGUCCCGAUGGGCAUGUUGUGGUGAUAUCGGUACCCUGUUGCCAUGUGCCUUGAUAUACGUCCUGUUUGAACUACCAUCAGGAAGUGGGCAAAAGAGCCAGAGUGGUGCUCACUCUUGCCAGCAUCACCUCCCGAGCGCUGGUCAAGGAGAGAUUUUCCAAGAGAUGCAGCUGGGGUCAGGCUGAGCCUAGGAGGCCGAGGGUGUGGGGUCCUAGGAGUCAACAGCUGGCAGCAUUUGAAAACUCCAUUUUCUCUGUUGACUCAGGUGUGCUCAGACCUGAGGAAUUUAUAGAUUAUUUCCUUUGUUGUGGC